GAAUAUUUGAAGAGUAAGAGCGUAUGCGUUUAACUGUCUUCUAUUAUGUAGAGUAAUUGUCUUAUUCCUUCUUAGCUUGCUGCUAAACAUCUCCCUAAGGUGGAAACCAAGUAAUUUCAGGUUUACUUAGUGGUUUAUUUAGGGAUUACUUAAGCAAGGGAGUAUUGAGCAGAACUUCCCAUUCCAUCUCUCUACAGAUUUGAAGAAGCUCAUAUUCAAUCAUUUUGUGAAGGAUAACCAUCAAAAUUGACUUUCUUUUAUUUCUUAUUGUAAACUACAAUCUUAAAUCGGACAACUCUUGAUUUGUAACCACGGAUCAGCUAUAGCAUUCGACAAGGAUACUCAGAGAAACAAAAGUAUCGUAACAUGAAAAUAGACAAUUACAAUACCCAGGAAAUCGAAGAGUUGUCUUUGGCAGCACGAGAUUAUGCAACUGCUCAUGGCUUACUGUUUGUGGACGGAGCACAAGAAAAGGGCGAUACGAAUCAAGCUACCCAAGUUCCAUUGACACUCUUUCCUAGUUCUAUUCCAAGAGAGGCCUUCAUACAAGUAGUUUCUGUGCAAAAAGCCUAUAAUAAGCUUUAUGCCAAAAUCGCUAAUGACCUAGAAUUUCUCAAGACGCAUUUGGAGCCUAUUACAAAGUACGACAAGUUUAUGGAAAAAUUAUGGGACUUACAUACAAAACAUUCUGAUUUUAAUGAAAAAAUAAAACCAGAGUUACGCCAGCGUUUAGCGCUCGGUAUCUUCCGAUCAGAUUACUUGGUGAACAAAGACGACCAAGAAGUUACUAGUAAGCAAGUUGAGUUCAACACGAUAUCCGUAUCUUUUGGAGGUCUUAGUAAAAUGAUGGCAAACUUACAUUUCUAUUGUUCCUCUUCAGGUUUGUAUAAGAAGCCUAUGGAACUAGAUUAUCUCACCGUCAAUACUUCCAUCACUGGCAUCUGCAGCGGUAUUUCUAGCGCUUAUAAUGCCUACUGCGAACAAGCAAAAGGGAUCCCUUCGAAGAAUCUACAUGCUGCUGAGGGGAGCGAACCUAUUGUUUUAUUCGUUGUAAAAGACAGUGAGCGUAAUAUUUGUGACCAGCGCCUUUUGGAAUAUGAGCUUGUUGGUCGUUUUAGGAUCAAGUCAAGACGUGUCGCCAUUCGUCAAUUGAAUCAGUUGGUUCGAGACAAUGAAAGUAACAAGCUUUAUUACAAUCAUCCCAAUGGUACGUUCGAGGUAGCCAUUGUAUACUAUCGAUCGGGCUAUGCAUUAGAUGACUAUCCAAGCAACAAUGAGUGGGAUAUCCGUUUGGAGAUCGAAAAUUCUCUUGCCAUAAAAUGUCCCACCAUUGCUACUCAUUUAGCAGGUUCGAAGAAGAUCCAGCAGGUGCUUGCCGAAAGCAAUGCCCUUGAAAGAUUUGUUCAGGGUGAAGAGCAAAAAGCCAUUGAGUUAACCUUUGCUGAUAUGUAUCCAUUAAAUGAUACAGCCCGAGGUCAAGAAGGUAUAAAGCUUGCGCUUGAAAAUUCUGAAGACUUUGUUAUGAAGCCUCAACGGGAGGGAGGAGGAAAUAACACCUACGGAAAAGACAUUCCUGAUCUCUUAAAUAGUCUUCCCAAGGAAGAGUGGGAUUCUUAUAUCUUGAUGCGUUACAUUAAAUCCCUUCCUUCACAAAAUUACAUUUUGAAAGGACGGGUUGCUGAAAAAUACGAUGUUGUUGAUGAAAUUGGAAUUUUAGGAACCAUUGUCUGGAACACCGAAACAGCUGAAGAGUUAAACAAUGGUAACGCAGGCUAUAUAUGCCGUACAAAGCCUGUUUCUUCUCAUGAAGGAGGUGUAGCUACUGGUUAUGCUUCUUUAUCUAGUAUAGAUUUGAUAGACUAAAGAGAUGGACACUCCAUUAUGAGGAUAUCUGACCACUUAGCAUGCCGGCCUUAAUGCCGCUUCCUAAAGAUCACUUCAACCCAAUAGACUUUAUGUAUUCUCUAAACUAAGUAAAAGAGAGAGAUCAUUUAUAAAAGUAAUUUUUGAACAUCG